AUGGUUUUUGUUCGAAAGCCUUUUACCACAACUAUCGCAGCUGCAGUCUCUCUUAGUCUUGUUGCUGCAGACUCAACCGUAUCAAUUCUUGGUGAUGCUACCUACACCAUUCCGUCAUCUCGUGGUGAAAUCUGUGGAGGUUACUCAAGUGGAACAGCUUGUCCGUUAAAAGGAGAUGUCGCUGUUGCUGAUUGCAAUGAAGGCCUUCAAUCAUACACCGAUGGCAAGUGUAUUGCACUAAGUGAUGCAGAGUGUAUUCUCGUCGCUGGCACCACGUUGAAAUGCGUCUAUCCAACAAACGAGGUUUUCGAAAAUGUGGACACGCCAUACAAAAACGCUGAUCAACGUAGUAUUGACGGAGGUUCGACCUCGUACGUAUCCAGCGCAUCUGCUUCUGGAUGCGGCGAUGCUGAAGUGACAUAUCCAGAAGAAGAGCAAGUGACGUAUGUGCACGACUUGAGUCAUUCAAAAUUGAUCGAGUCAUUGACACCCGAUACUUUUGAAAGCAACAAUAAUCAAGUCAUGCAAUAUCUAACGGAGGAAAAUAAAAGCCACGAAUCCUCUUCUCCGUUGUCGUACAACUUCAAUGGUGUUGAAGAUCAUUCAAUCCCAACUCCGUCGUACGGUAACGUGAAUGCUAAUUUGGUUCAAAAGGUCUUUGGUUCAUCAAGCAAGCGUUCAAACAACGACUAUGGACAGAAUGGACAAGAACACACCAAAUACAAAAAGGGUGAUCUAAAGCGCUUCACUAAUGGAAGUAAUGAUUACGGUAACAGACCAAGUACCAAAGACAAUAAAGCCAGCAAGUCAAACGCAACACUGUAUCCAUUAAAAAGCGACGAGGUACAGAUUCCCUCUUACCAAACUCCCUCUUAUAAGGCUCACGAAGAGUACGCGUCUAAGUCCUUGCGCGGCAACAAUUAUAACAAUUUUGCAAGUUAUUUUCAUCUGCCUGAUAUUGGCUCGAAGUUUUUUGAGACUGACCGCUCUACAAAUGAAGGACACCGUUCGGAUGAAAGCGGCUACAGCAACACCAAGAACCCGAUUGUUAGAUCUUCUGAUCAUCAAGUUCAAACGCCUUGUACUCCUCCUCCUGCGACUACAUCUGUUCCAACAGAAACAAUUCUGUUUACGUCAGCUCCACCAAUUUCACCUGAGGCCACAUCGACUGCUGAAGACGAGGUCGACUUAACCCCGUUGACACGACCCGCUGCUCCAUCGCACAUGGCUUAUACGUCUAGCCCAAUUACAACUGAUCCUAUACCGUCCUUGGCCCCAGAAGAUACGUCCAUUUCUGAGUCCACGUAUAUUCCGACCAAUUCGCCCGAGACGACUCUCGUACCGGAUGGCACAUCCACUCCAACGAUUGCUCCUAACAGUUUGUCUCCUUUGACUGAAUCCACAGCCACUCCGGAAUCAUUGACGAUUGCUCCUCAAUUCACGUCCAGUCCGGUAGCAGCUCCACUAUCCACUAUCAUACCGGAAGGCACGUCCACUCCUGAAUCAUCGCAUACCCCGACCGACGCGCCCAAGACAACACUCGCUCCUGAAGGCACAUCCACUUCGUCCACUCAAUCGACAACUCCUAACAGCUCGUCUCCUACGACUGAAACCACGCCCACUCCGGAAGGAUCAUCUCCUUCGUCCGCUCCGACGACUUCUCCUGAUAGUUCAUCACCUUCGACUGGACCCACGCCCGCUUUGGAAUUAUCGACAAUUGCUCCUCAAUUCACGUCCAAACCGGCGGCAACUCUACCAUUAAUUACCAUACCGGAAGGCACGUCCACUCCUGAGUCAUCGCCUACCCCGAUCGAUGCGCCCAAGACAACACUUGCUCCUGAAGGCACAUCCACUCCGUCCACUCAAUCGACUACUCCUAACAGCUCGUCUCCUACGACUGAAACCACGCCCGCUCCGGAAGAAUCAUCUCCUUCGUCCGCUCCGACGACUGCUCCUGAAAGUUCAUCGCCUUCGACUGGAUCCACGCCCGCUCUGGAAUUAUCGACAAUUGCUCCUCAAUUCACGUCCAGACCGACAGCAGCUCCGCCAUCGUUUACCUAUCCUCCGAUGGAGAUUGUCUUCUAA